AUGCUGUGGCGGAUGCGCUACCGUCUCUUCUUGGACCAGCGGCCAUACGACUUGUGGCACUGGCGCGAGGAGGGGCGCAUGUUCAGCUCAUCCGUGGGCCCUUCUCUAUGGAACGUUCGGCAUGCAUUGUUGGCCCAUGAAGCGUGGCUCUUCGUGGCCACCGAGGAGUUGAGUCUAGCGGUUCGAGCAGGUGAUGGGCUGGCAAUCCCAUGGCCCAGUGAUGUCCAAACGGACAUGGUGCUCCACGUGGCGAAACUUUGCUGCGUCUUCGCCAUGUCUUCCGAAACUCACGACUCUGUGCUUUGCGCUUGGCAUUGCGAUGGUCGUGAAAUCUGGAAAGAACAGACUGGCCUGAAACUCUUACAGCCACUUUAUUUUAUCGAUCGCGUGAACGCCCUGUGCGCAGGGUGCUUUGAGGGUAUCUUUCUUUGGGAUGCCACCAAUGGAUCUUUGCUCCGGCGCAUGAACACGGAACUGCCGGUGGAUCGAAUCUGGCACUUUGAGCUGCCCACAUGUGACGGACAUCGGGAUUUGCUUUGUGCACGAAGCAGUGAAGUCCUGGGAUUGACGUCUCAGCUGUUGGUGUGGAGCAGCUUGGAGGACGACACGGUUCAGCCGUGGCAAAAGACCACCAACGAAAUGAUCAUGGCCGUAGCUAGCGAUGACUCACGGCUCUUUGCGCGUGUUGGCCAAGCCAUUUGUGCCUGGGACAGGGCUGGGAAGGAGAGCUGGCAGCGGCAGGAGCCAAUGCUGCCCCGUUUGCCAACGCUUCCAACACGCCUGCAGCUGAGCAUGGGAAACGUCUACGUCGCAGCGGGCCAUUUGAUCUUGGCCUUGACCGCAGAGACCGGUGAAUUGCACUUCAAAGUCACGACGACGGGCUCCGUGGUCAAGGUAUAUCCGAUUUCAACUUCGUACAUGGUUUCUUUGAUCAGAUCUAGCAAUUACUCCUUGGGUUUUCUGAACCUUUCUCAAGGCGAGCUAAAAGUGACAUCCUUGAGGGGUGAGAUUCCGAAGGCAUCCAUUGCAUGGAACGCAUUUGUGAUUGUAGCAGUUGUGGACGCCAAUUGUGACAGUGACCAAAGCUCCUUAGUGACUUAUGACUUCACAUCUGGGCGCCUGCUGUGGCAGCGAUGCUUUGAUCAGACGCUGCAGAGCUUAUGCAAAGAUCAGCAUCGUAUUUUCGCAGGUGGCGUUGGCUUCAUCUCUGCUUUGGAUCCGCGUGAGGGGUCGAUACUUUGGCACACCCAACUCGAUGGUAUGGUCAAAGCAUUGACCUUGAUCGCAGAGAAAAAUGGAGUUCAUGAGUUCUGUGUCUCAGAGAUAGGGGAUUUACAUGGAUUAACAUGGAUUUACAUGGAUUUUAAGGAGUUACCCACUCUUCAGCCAUGUAAAUGA